GUGCCGGGACUGUACGCACAUUUUCUAAACAAUAGCGUAGGAGUGAGCACGUUGCCGCACAGGAGGGCUUGGCGCGCGAAAGACCCGCUUCUGCAAUUCGACCAUCGAAAGUGACCCGUGUCCGCGUGCGUGUGUGUGUGUGUGGGGUGUCGGACGCGUGUAUUAGAAUUGAUAACGAUUUGAGGAAGUGAUUGAAAGGAUACAAUUUAUCGGUUUUGGUAUGGAAAUACAGUGCGUGAAAGUGUGAAACAAGAAGAAGGGUUGCGUGUGUGUGUGUUUUGGUGGAAGUAAUUCACCCGCAAAACAGAUAGCAGCGGGGCAACAGUUGGUUGUGGCUGCCGCCGCAUCCUUGUGCUACUACCUAGGUGAGCUGUUUCUCUGUGUGUACUGUACUGGUGUGAAGUAACCCUGGCCAGAGGAUGUAGUGUGCGCUGCCGUGUAUUCUUUACACACACACUACACACUAUUGCGUGGCGUUUCUAUCGGAGUGCAAUGCAAACAAGCUGUUGUGUUGCUGGUGUGUGGUGGUAGGGCGCGCGCUUUCUAAACGCACCGAGUGCCGAAAUCGAAAACAAACCGCGGUUCCGCACGUGUAUGUAUGUGUUUGUGUGUGUAGAUGGUGCGAAUUUUCGGAAAUCGGAGACAACACACAGUGAUAGCGGGAAAGUGUAAGUGAACCGAAUUGCUAUUGGUAUGCGUUAUCUAAGGUUUAUCUAAGUAGCCGCCGUGAGCUUACCUUGCCGCGUGUGUGACAACCGACGAUCAUCCGACGAGUGUGUGUGUCUGUCCCCGCGAGUACUUAUCCUACGCGCUCUGUGGGGGUGUGUAUUGUGCUGUGUGGUGAUUGCCGCGCGUGUGUGACACACUGUGUAACCUCCGUAGAGCCAGUGCGCCCUUUUGCUAAGGCGCCAGUCCAACGCUGCUUGACCGUGUCGUCUCACUGCUUCAAUCAGCGCGUUUGCUGCAGGUCCACCUGGGCAGGGUCACCACCAGUCGCGUAGGGCUUGUUUGUGUGUCCACGACCACGGCGACCUCGGGCAAAAGUGACUGUGCUACCUCUAGAGGACUUAAAGCAUAGAAGGCUUUAGCUCUGGCCACUUGGAAAGGAUGCAAACUUCCGGCUGGUACCAAAUUACACCCAGGCGAAGGUUUCGAUCUAUGCCUCUGGUUUGAUUGGAGAGUAGAGUAAAAUUUUGGAAAACUGCCAUCAUCGUCAUCUUCGAUGUGUGUGUCCUUCGCCGGCGCUGAUUGAUGGACAAAUAGGUGGUAACGUUUCGGUGCGGCGCAGGUUUUUUUUUCAGGCUGGCGUAACGCAAUACGCAACUGCGCCAACCGUUGUGACGACUCGACGGGCCCCAGUGGCAUUGCCAGUGGAGGUGAAAUGAAAGUGCAGUGCAACAAUAAUUAAUGCACAACCACAAGACAAGAGACGAAUGUGAAACGGAUGCGCGCAUCGUGCGGGUGAGGUGUACUGCGGUACUUGGCAGUGGAAAAGUCGAACCAAAACGUGACGCGAGUACGCCAACUUCGUCGAGCCGUAGCCGUAGUGGGUGGCGGUUCAAGACGCGUGUUGGAAUGUAAUUGUAACGAGGUGAAAAAAGAAACAUCCAGACGUCGAUCGUUCUGUGUCCCACUGUGGCCGAUCUUGUUAACCCCACGCGAGUGAGAUUGUGUGAGUGUGCCAGAGCAGGGGUUUCGAAAAAUUGCAAAGAAAAGUAUCGGAAAAUCGGUUCGAACCGGGGGUAGGGGGAGGUGGCGUUAAGUGUGGGGAAAAUUACUCCAAAAUUGGUUUGUUGGUGUGCAAUAGUGUACUGCGCUGUCUGUUUCUGUGGGUGUGUAGCCGUGAAAUUGGCCGAUAGGGGGAGAAGGUGCUGCGCGACCCAAAACCGUAUUACUAAUUUCAAUUGCUCUUCUUCUUCCCAGACCGUGUACGUGUUUCUAAAUGUAUGUGUGCGUGUAUGUGCCCCACAGCGAGGGGUAGGGAGCGAAAAAGUGUAGUGUGAAAUAUCCAACCCCUGGCUGUGUGUUUGUGUGUUAGUGUCCAGUCUGUGGAAAACGACUACGGUGUCCGUAGCUUCAUAAUCAUCCCAAUAUCUACCUGCCUCAGAUGAUUGAUUGAGGUGAUCACCGUGAAGAAGAGGAAGAAGAAGACGAAGAAGUUUCCACCUCACAUCUCUCACACGGGAGGGAAAGUCUUCACCAAGCUAAACCAAAUACAUACGUGAAAAUGUUGAAAAUACAAAUGCUCGAACAGAUCGUGACGAACGAGAACGUAAUCGACGAUGCUGAUGAUCAGCGGCACAGUGGCGGAGCUGGCCGGGGUGCCGGUGCGCUGUCACCUGGUGGGCCGUUAGCGGACGGCAGCUCCAGACCGGGUAGUGCCAAUCUUAGCCCGAUCGCAUCGAAAGGUUCUUCGACGUCGGGUGGCGCUGGAGCGGACGAUGAAACGCGCAGCCUUAAUCGGAGCUCACGCUUAUCACCACAAGGGCGUCAACAUAUGGGCGGGUGGACGACGGCAGCGGCAAACGCGAAACAGAAUGGACUGUCCGCGGGCACGACCGCACCGAGCAGCAAGAGCGCCACCACCAGCCCGGACCGGUUGCGCGGCGCAACGCACGAUCUGUUCGAGCUGCUCGAGCGCGUCCAGUGCUCGCGGCUGGACGAUCAGCGCUGCGUUCUACCGUCGUACUUCACACAGAACACACGCAGUGCCGAGGAGCGAAUCGCGAACCCGCACAGCACCAAUGAGUCGACCAACAACCUUAGCGUACAAAUUCCCCAGUCGAUGGGCGGUGGCGGCGGCAACACGCGAUCACUGCUGCGCCACUCGAACAGCAUGUCGUCGAAUCCGCACUCGAACUCGAACUCGACCCCAGCCUCGCCGCACCUGCUGUCCAACAGCUCGAGCGUCCACCUGCACCACGCCGGUGCUGGUGGGGGCGGUCUGCACCAUCACCAGCAGCAGCACCCCCAGUACCAGUCGCAAUCGUCCGUCAGCUCGCAGUCCUCCUCGAUCAUCUCGACCGUUCCGCCGGUGCAGCGGCUGCUCGAGGACGCGCUCAGCAAACCGGGACCGCAUCCGAUGAUCAUCGUACCGAACAGCGGUGGCUACUGGGUGGACGGCACGGACCAUGACGCAUCGUACGAGGUGCCGUCCCACACGACGUGGCGCGUCGGUAAGAUCGAGUCGGACGAUACGGCCAAGUGCUACCGGCGGUUCUUUAUCGCGCGCGAACACUCCAACCUGGUCGGGCACGACGACCAGCUUGGUCCGGUGCUGCUCUCGAUCAAGUCGGAAAACGUGGCCAACCAGGAGCACAUCCGGAUACUGUUGCGACUGCGCACCGGCACGAUGCACGAGCUGAUACCGGCCUCCUGUCUCGGUAGCAGCCCGUCCCCCAUCAAGAUGGCCCGGCUGCUGAACGAGCAGAUCAACGUGGACAGCUUCAUGCCGGUGCUGUGCCCGAAAGCGUCCGCGCUGAUCGCGAGCUACGACGAGCACGUGUUGGUGACGAACUUUAAGUUCGGCGUGCUGUACCAGCGCUUCGGCCAGACGGCGGAGGAGGAGCUGUUCUGCAACAGCGAGACGACGCCCGCGUUCGACGAGUUCCUGGACGUGCUGGGGCAGCGCAUACGGCUGCGCGACCACAAGGGCUACCGGGGCGGGCUGGACAUCCAGAACGGGCACACGGGCGAUACAGCCGUGUACGAUGUGUUUAAGGAGCGCGAAAUCAUGUUCCACGUGUCGACGCUGCUCCCGUACACCGAGGCCGAUCCGCAGCAGCUGCAGCGCAAGCGGCACAUUGGCAACGACAUCGUGGCGAUCGUGUUCCAGGAGGAAAACACGCCCUUCUCGCCGGCCAUGAUUGCGAGCCACUUUCUGCACGCGUUCAUCGUGGUGCAGCCGAUCGAGCCGAACACGCCGAACUGCCGGUACAAGAUCUCGGUGACGGCGCGCGACGAUGUGCCGUUCUUUGGGCCGACCCUGCCGCAACCGUCCGUGUUUAAGCGCGGCCCCGAGCUGAAGGAAUUCCUGCUGACGAAGCUGAUCAAUGCGGAAAAUGCGUGCUACAAGGCGGACAAGUUUGCGCAGCUGGAGCUGCGCACGCGCUCCUCGCUGCUGCAGAAUCUCGUCGACGAGCUGAAGGAGAAGACGCGCGAUUUUCUCGGCAUGGAUGUGGGGGGUGGGGCGGCCGGGGUGCCUACCUCGCCGACGCCCGAGACGCCCAAGUCGGAGGGGGGUUUUACCGGGUCGCGGUUUAUCGACACGGUGAAGAAGGCGCUGAACGCACGGUUACGGUCACAGAAUUCGGACCCAACGAACAAUGGCAGCGGUGGGGCAGGGAGUGUGGAUACGGCGACGGGUGGUGGUGGGGCCAAGCAUCACAACUCGAUGAAGAAGUCCAAGGAUGGGACGAGCCUGGUGUCGGACAUGCCGUGUGGACCAGGCGGAGCUGUUAAUAUUGGACGAUCGCUGUCGAAGAGCAGUACGACUGGGUCGCGCAAAUCACCGAACGAUUCGGUUGCCUCCUCGCCGGACAUUACGUCCCGCUGUUCGCUUAAUCCAACUCUCACCAACAACAACAACAAUAGUAAUGCACCCAACAACAACAACACGAUCGGAAAGAAUCACCCGAAUGGCAGCGCGAAUGGUAAUGGAGCCGGUGGCAAUGCUGCGGCCGGUGGCGCCAACAACAACAAUGGCCCAGUGGCCAUGUCCGAAACCAGUGACGAUUCAAGCUUGAACAGUGUCGAUCUCGAUCCGAUGGAUGCUGGCGCUACGUACAUCGACAGUGACACGGGGCUGGAGUCGAUGUCGUCGGCGGACGCAACGACCAAGGCUUGCUCGCUCUGCCUGGACGGUACGGGCUCGACGAACGGUGGCGGUAGUGUGGUGAGCGUUAGCAUCAGCGGCGCGAGCGUUACGAUCGAUGGGGGCAAUGCGCGCGAACUGCGCAACAGUGGCGGUAGUGCGAGCUCGGGCACGGGAUCCACUGCUAGUGCAGGGCAGAUGGGGUGCGGUAGUGUGGUGGGCCAGGGGGCCGCAUCGGUGACGCAGGAAACGCUGCAGCAGGUCGAAGGGAUGCGGCAGGAGAUAACGCGCCUGAAAUGUGAUAAACUGGAUCUCCUUCGGCAGAAUGUGACCUGCCAACGUGACAUCAAGCGUCUACGUGAACGUGAACUAUCGCUACAGGGUGACCUGGCCGCCGCCGGCAAAGAGAUCCUUCGGUUGCGCGACCUGCUCAAGGAGUGCCUACCGACUGCCGUGGCCGAUCCGAUCUAAAGGCUCCACAUAACAGAAAACAGACACACAUACACACAUCGACAUGCCACAGGAAGCAGGAUCUUCUACUGGACGAGUUGUUUGUUUUUGUAUCGCCUUUGCUUUUGUGUACAGUACACCACUUCCCUUCUGUUUUCUGUUCGUUAUUUUUCCCUUUGUGUUAAAAACAAAAAAAAACUACCCUAAAGUAUCCUUUGUGUACAGGUACAGGGUGAUCGCGACUACACGUUGACCCGUGUAUAGAAAGUGUGUGUGUGUGCGCGUGAAAACUGAAAGUUUAAGAAGGAAUUGAAUGUUGGCGGAGGAGUUCGAAAAAUCCCAAAAUACAAGCAUGUAAGCGAGCAGUUCCCUGGUAACUUUCGUUGCAAACAUCACUCUAUUUAUUUCAGUUUACUUCGCUUUAGCAUGGAACGACAGUAGCGAUGUCUAGCAAGUCGUUAGUUUUGUUAUCCCCCCCCCCCCCCCACCCCAUCCCCAAAAGGGAAGGAGCAAAGAAACCAAUGAAUGGUUAGUAGUGGAAGGAAGAUGAAUGAAAAGUAUUUACUAUGUUAGAAUUAGAUCGAAAGGGCAGCAGCAGUAUGGAUAGAAGUUUGAUAGAGAGAUCUGUUUUUCUCACUCACACCUUUACGGUGUAGAGGAUGGUCUUGUACUAAGACUGUAUCUUGUAUAUAUGUGUAAUGCACUAUCGAUACGCCUAAAGCAUUCUGUCCUUGAACGUACGAAGUGAACUCACACUCUCCCAAGCACAUAAUGUUUUAGUGUGUGUGUUCCGCUUUCUCCUACUUAGAAGCAAAAAGAAAAAAAAACGGUCUACAAGACAUUUAAACUGCGUGUGGUGUAAGUGUCAAUUACCAUUUAGAGAGUAACGCAGCGAAGCAGCAGCAUUGAAAUGAGGGAACAGUUUUCCCCUUUUUAGAAGGAGAAGGAGAAGCGGAGGGCUGGAGAAGGGUAGUUUGAGAGCUGCUAAAGAGAAACCAAAUAAUCAAAGAAGAAGAUAAUAUAUAUAUAAAAACAAAACAAAACCUUGUGUAGUGGUGUAGUGUUGUGUAGUGUAUAGCGUGUUUUAGGAUUAUGUGCGGUGGGGCACACAAAGGACAAAACCAGAACUCUAUGUGUGUGUGUGUGUGUGAGUGCAGGGGAUCACAGACAAAACACUAACGUUUCUAUGUGCAAUAAUGCAACCUUAAUGGCAUAUAAAAAAACACACACAGAGAGAAAGUCUGUUCGCUGCUCUCGAGUGACACAGAAAGAGCUCAGUACAACAGUAUCAACAAACUGUUAUACUGAGCGGUUCAGUAGUGUAGUACUAGUGAAGUAGUGAUAGCAUAUGCGUGUAUGUAUGUGUAGACUAGAGGCCAGCACCACCAUCACCCACACCUCUCUCUCCCCCGGGGUUGAAAAGCAGAAAAUGGUGGUGAAAAGCAGCAGGUUCUCCUAAAAACGGGUUCUCGAUGGGUUUUAAGCUGCGCACCGCAGGCGCAAGAAGGGGCGCAGUGCAUAAUACGCCUAGACUGAUGUAGGAUGAUCGAUAGCAAGCGGUAUGGCGAGUGCUUUCCCAGUUUCAACUACUACUUCAAACAAGGCUACUUAAACGCCGGAGGCGGUUUUGGGGGGAUUUGAAUUUUGUGCCCUUACAAAGCACUCCGCCCGCCCGCCAGCCACCAACACACACACACACACACACGCAACGUGUCUUUGGAUCCCAUUUUGUCUUUUUGAUUAAGUUUAGAGUAUAGUAAAGCGAUGAUACACUACAAGAGAGUAUAAUAAGAAAAGCUACGUUUAGGUAAGCUUUUUACCGUAUGGGAUAAGAGAUUUUUCGACUUUUACAAACUUUAUGCCUCCCUUCUUCAUGUGUGUCUGUGCUCGUCCUUAAGAGCGAACACAAUUACACAAUUCUAGUAUUUUUUCCAUAUGGUAUGGUGUAGAUAAAACUGAUGGAAGAAGGAGAGAGAGAGAGUACGAGGAUAAAAAGCAGCAAACAAAUCAAACCUCAACUGCCUUUUCUGAAAAAAAAAACGUAUUUAUCCACAAUCCCAUUUUUUGCCGCACAGUGCGUUUGUGCGUAUUGUGAGUAUUGGGAUGGACUGUGUUUCUACGUCCUCUACGUAUUUUCCUUUUUCUUCUCCCCCCCCUCCCCCACCACACUGUUCGUGUUUUUGUGCAAUGAGUGCAAUGAGAAAGGAAAGGAACUGUGUAAGAACCCAUCUAGGGUGAAGUAGUAGAAGAUACAGUGUGCAGAAUAUAGUAGAGAUAAGGGUUUAGCUUUUAAUUGUUUUAUCACUACCACCACUGUACACAUUAAUCCCCCCGCGCCCCCCUCCCGAAACUAUCUUUUCCCUUUUUUUUCAAAAUGCAUCCACCUUCCCCCAGAAAAUAGACGGGAGGGACCCCCCCCCCCCCC